AUGCCCUCGGGGAUGAGCGAGCAGGAGCGGGAGGACGUGCUCGCCGCCUCCGAAUUCAUCACCAUACAGAUGGACCUUUAUAAUCGAGUGCUGGGGCGAUGUUGGGACAAGUGCAUCGCGCACUACUGGGACAAAGACCUUACGGUGGGCGAGGGCUCAUGCGUCGAUCGAUGCGUUGUGAAAUACAUGACGGUGCAGCGGACAGUGGCCAAGCGAGUGCUGGGCAUUCGGGCUUGGACAAAGCGAGAAGAGGAGCGACAGAAGGUUAUCCAGAAGCUGAGGGACAAUCAGAUGUUUGGUGUAUAA